AUGCUCAAAUUUGCCUUCUACUCUGCCAGUACGCCGAAGGAGGAGAAGCCAAUUGAUGGUCCACAUUUUCUUGGCAACUCUGCUAGUCGUUUGAAUUUGAUCACUGCUCAUAUACCUCAGAUUACUCGGAUCAGACACGUUGAUUGCAAUCCAAACACGAUCAGAAUUGUAGAGGAGAGCGGCAGAGUAUUUGUCAUUGAAAAAGAUGGUUCCAAUAGUAGUAGACACGACAAGUGCACAAUACUACAAAACAAUACCGAUGCUGGAUAUUUAGUGAAAACCUAUGAUGAGUUUGAUGGUAUUAAAAAGAAGGUGUUGGAUAUAUCGUCAUACACUGAACAAGUAAUUUUUCUUGUUAAACAUGUGGAAGAAAAGCAAACUGUAUUGUAUGGAAUGGGAACUAAUCAAUAUAGACAAUUGGCUGAUAACAGUGUAGUGCGGAGAGAAUGUGGAGAUGAAAGAUUUUCAUAUUUUCCAAUUCCUGUCUUCAAUCCUGGUGUUGAACUGGCUUCAGGAGGACAGAUCACUCAUAUUGCUUGUUCAUUUUCCUUCUCAACUUGUGUUGUCAACAAUACUGACAUACACAUGACUGGUCAAAAUUGGCUUCAAGGAGGUAACGAACAUAAUUGGCCAGAUUUCAUUGUCAGAACACAUGCUCCAAUAAUGAAAAUGUGUGCUGGUAAUUUCCACGUUUGUGCAAUAACUCAGGAUGGUAUUCUUUAUACAGGAGGAAGCACAUUUAAUGGACAAUGCAUUGAAGAAAAGGAAUUAAUGGGAAGGAUCAAUCCAGCUUUUGCAUCAACAAUUGGAUUUGCUGGAUCAGAUAGUUUACUCUUAAAAUCCAUCUAUGGAUUCUAUCAUUUAUAUGCUACCAGUAAUGAUUAUUAUCCUAAACUGAACAAUAUUCCAGUGAGCGAAAUUGAGGACAAGUACGGUUUGCCUUCAUCAAACAAAUCAUUGAAUGUGAGGCAAAUCGUCAAUCCAUUCCCUGUAGAAAUUAUUUCAAUGGAACUGAAUAGAGAUUAUUUGGCAUUCCUAUUGGACGGAGAUAUUUUAGUAUUGAAGGGAAAUGCAUACAAUUCAUCAGGUUUAGUUAAUGACCUUUUUGUUGAUGUGAAAAAGGAAUUCAGCUCACAAGCAGUUACCUACAAAACUGGUCCAAAUAGUUUGGUACUUUAUCUGGAUAGAGCUAAUGUGGGUGUUCAAAGAUUUUUCAAGAGUUUGUUGAAUUGCUCAAGAAAAAACCUCCUCUCUGAUAUUUCCAUAAUUCAAUAA